UUCUUCCACACCAUGGCUUACGUGCUUUUGAGCCUGACAAUCCUUCUCGUCGCCCUCCUUUACUUUCUGGGCGCUUUGAGAAGAAGGAGACCUAACGAGCCGCCCCUGGACACAGGCCACCUGCCAUGGCUCGGCCACGUCCUGUCCUUCCGAAGGGACACGGAGCAGUUCCUGCAGGAGAUGCAGAAAAAGCACGGGGAUAUCUUCACAGUCCAGCUAGCCGGCCGUUACAUUACGUUCCUGAUGGACCCGAUAUCCUACGGAGCCGUGGUGAAGGCGCCGAGAUCGAAGCUAGACUUUGAAAAGUCUUCGGUUGAGUUGGUUGCAAGGGUGUUCGGAUAUCAUGCCCAAGAAGGUUUCCAAAAAUCCGUGGCCAGAUUGCACAACAAAUACCUAAUGGGGAACGGGUUGGUGGACUUGACCCAAGUCAUGAUGAUGAAUCUGCAGAAACUGAUGCUUCACCAGCCAGUGGACGGUGCCGGGGAAUGGAAGCAAGAUGGACUGUUUCAUUACUGCUACAACAUAAUGUUCAGGGCGGGCUACCUCGCCCUGUUCGGCACCGAGUCAGCUCAUGGCGAUCAGGACCGUGCCGUUCAGCUGGACCGAGAGCACUCGGACCAACUCUUCGUCCAGUUCAGGAAGUACGACCGACUGUUCCCCGGGCUGGUUCACGCCGUGCUCCCGGCCAGGAAGAAGCUGGAAGCCGAGAGGCUCAAGAGGAAGUUCUGGGACCUGCUCUCGGUGCAGGGCAUGAGAAGCCGGGAGCAGGUCAGCGACUGGGUCUCGGAGCGCCAGCGGCAGCUGAACGAACAAGGUGUGAAUCUCGAGAUGCAGAGCCGCUACAUGUUCCUGCUGCUCUGGGCGUCGCAGGGGAACACCGGUCCCUCGGCGUUCUGGCUCCUCCUAAACCUCUGCCGCUGCCCUCAAGCAAUGAGCGCAGCGCGGGCCGAAGUGGACCAAUUGCUGGCGCAGACCGGCCAGCGAGCGACGGCGGGCGGGCCGCCCGUCAACCUGACCCGGGACAUGUUGCAGAAGACCCCGGUGCUGGACAGCGCCGUGGAGGAGAGCCUGCGUUUGAACGCCGCUCCGCUACUGACCAGGGCCGUGGUUCAGGACACUGAGCUGGCGAUGGCCGACGGCCGGCGCUACUCGCUGCGGAAAGGGGACUGGGUGGCUCUCUUCCCUCACCUGUCGGCGCAGAUGGACCCGGAGGUGCACCCGCGGCCGCACUCCUUCCAGUUCGACCGGUUCCUCAACGCGGACGGGACGAGGAAGACGGACUUCUACAAGAAGGGGCAGAAGGUGAAAUAUUACAGCAUGCCGUGGGGAGCAGGCGUCAGAAUGUGUCCCGGUCGCUUCUUCGCAACCAACGAACUGAAGCAGUUCGCUUUCCUCAUGCUGUGCUACUUCGACUUCGAGCUGCUCAACCCCGAGGAGAAGAUACCUCCCAUUGAUACUAGCCGCUGGGGUCUUGGCACAACGCAUCCUACUUACGAUGUCCAGUUUAGAUACCGUCUGAGGGUUCAGCUGCUUGCUAAUCACUAGAAAUUGAAAAGAGAGAUCGAUAGAGUUCUGGGUUUGAAAGGAAUCAAUGGGUAGUGAGUUAGGACAGGAACCGAGGCGAGGUAGAACAUCAGCCACUAUCCUGAAGAAUGCUGGAGCAUGUUCGAGGGACAGGUAAUAGGAGCAGGAGUGGGACAGGUGCCCCAUUAAGCCUGCUCUGCCAUUCAACUGCUUACUGCUUAUCUGCCACGGCCUCAAAUCGACUUAGAGUCAUAGAAUUAUAUAGCAGUGAAAUAGGUGAUUCAACCCAAUCGUCCAUGUCAUAGAAACAUAGAAAACCUACAGCACAAUUCAGGCCCUUCGGCCCACAAAGCUGUGCCGAACAUGUCCCUACCCUAGAACUUACUAGGCUUACCCAUAGCCCUCUAUUUUUCUCAGCCCCAUGUCCAUGUCAACCAUGAUAUCUAUCUGAGCUAGUCCCAUAUGGCUGCGUGUGGCUCAUCUCAUACUUUUCUAUCCACGUCUCUGGUCUCAAUGUCUUUUACGCAUUGUGAUUGUACCCACUUCAACCACUUCCUACAGCAGCUCAUUCCACAUACCCACCACCCUCUCUGUGAAAAAUUUACUCAUCAGAUCCCUUUUAAAUCCUUCCCCCCCCCCCCAUCUUAAAUCUAUGUCCUCUAGUUUUAGACUCCCCUGCCCUGGGAAAAAGAUUGUGGCCACCCAUUUUAUCAAUGGCCCUCAUGAUUUUAUAUACUUGUAUAAAAUCACCCCUCAGCCUCCUACAAUCCAGGGAAAAAAGUCCCAGCUUAUCCAGCCACUCUUCAUAACUCAAGCCCUCCAGUCCCAGUAAUAUUCUUGUGAAUCUUCUCUGCACCUUUUCCAGCUUAAUGACAUCCUUCUUAGAGCUGGGUGACCAGAAAUGCACACAGUACUCCAAAUGUGGUCUCACCAAUGACUUGUACAGUUGUAACAUGACAUCCCAACUCCUGCAUUCACUGCCCUGACCAAUGAACGCAAGCAUGCCAAGCACCUUCUUCACCACCCUGUCUACCUGUGUCACCAUUUUCAGGGAACUGUGUGCUGAACUAGAUAUCUCUGUUCAACAGCACUCACCAAGGGUCUACCAUUUACUGUGCCAGUCCUGCUCUGGUUUAACUGACCAAAUGCAACACUCCACAUUUGUCUGAGUUAAACUCCAUUUCUCAGCCCACUUCCCCAGUUCAUCUAGGUCCUGUCAUUGUCACAGAUAACUUUCUUCACUAUCCAUUACACCACCAAUUUUGGUGUCAUCCCCAAAAUUACUAAGCAUGUCAACAACAUUUUCAUCCAAAUCAUUGGCAUCAAUGAUAAACAUCAGUAGACCCAGCACUGAUCGCUGUCAUACACCACUGGUCACAGGCCUCCAAUCUGAAUGACAACCCUCUACUACCACCCUCUGUCUCCUUUUGUAUCCAAUUGGCUAGCUCACCCUGGAUCCCACGUUAUCUAACCUUACAGACUAGUCUACCAUGGGCAACCUUGUCAAAUGUACUGACUCGGUGAAUGUCCCUUUAAGAUAGAGUUAGUAGUGUGUGUGUGUGUGUGUGUGUGUGUGUGUGGCGUGCAACCAAAGAUAAAGGACGUAAUGACGUUGUUGAAGAAGUCAGUCGAAGUCAGUCAGAGAGAGAGAGAGAGAGAGAGAAGGGAGAGAGACACCAGCCUGCGAGUUUCUCAGUUGAUGGAUGAGAAACAAUAACUUGUGUCUGUUACUGCAAUCCACGUAUGGAAAUAGGAAGUAAUCCAGUGGAGUUCACUUUGUUGUUUACCUGUAAAGGGAAACAGGUAUUAGUGUGGACGGCCAUGAUUCGGGUGCUUUUCGGGGUGAGGAAGUCACUACUGAGUAAACACUGAGGUGUUGUUUGGGUUCCAUUGUGGAACAUUUGGAUUUUGUAAUUACUCUCUAUGUUCUCUCUACAUCUACGUUUUAUCUUCAGACAAUGGUGGUUGUUGAAGAAGCCUUUGCUCAUGUUUCACCUUAUGGCUUGCUGAACUGAACUUUAAGAACCAUUCCUGGACUUGGAGUUUGGGACUUUGCCACACACACAUGAAGGAUUUAGUUUUUGGGGUUAAUGUUCAAGGUUUAACAUUUUUACGACUAACAUACUAACAUUUUUACUUUUAUUUUUCUUAUUAUCAUAUGUAGUGAUUAAUAAAAUAGUUUUUAAC